UAGCGAAAAGGGGAAACAUUUCGACUUCAUCAGCUUCAUCGAACAGGGUUGCGAGCGAGCGAAAAGACGAUGGCGCGGUGAUGCCACUCCUGAACCCUUUCUUCCGCCUUCCGGGACGCCUCUGGCCGAGGAGGAGAGCGCGUCGAACGCGAAUGGCCACCCAAACCAUCAUCAUUAUCGUCGUCCUCUUGGUCGUGGUCCCGCUGUAUACCAUCUACAAGCCGCGUAGAGCUGUGAUUCAAUACUUUCAGAAUCGUUUCCCAGAAGUCCUAUUCCAGGUCGAGACAGAUAAGAAGAUUAUAGCUCUCACCAUAGAUGAUGCCCCAAGCCCAUAUACCAGCGAGAUACUCGACAUCCUCAAAACAAAUGACGCAUCGGCCACCUUCUUUAUCAUUGGAGGUCAAGUCGCUGGAAAUGAGCAACUCCUGGCCGAGAUGGUAGCUGCAGGAAACGAGCUUGGCAACCACGCCAUGCACGACGAGCCUAGUAUCCAGCUGCCGAGCCACGUCCUAGAGGACGAAAUUCACCAGGUCGAUGGCUACAUCAAUGCAGCAUACCAGACUGCUGGCAAAGAUAGACCCGAGUUGCAGCUUUUCCGGCCUGGCUCUGGCUUCUUCAGUCGGCGAAUUCUGGAUGUCGCCACUAUGGCAGGCUACAAGACCAUUCUGGGCAGCAUCUAUCCACAUGAUCCGUUCAUCAGCUUUUGGAGGCUGAACGCCUGGCAUAUCCUGAGCAUGAUGCGACCAGGCGCUGUGAUUAUCUGUCACGACAGAAGAUCUUGGACAGUGCCGAUGCUGAGAAAGGUACUGCCGGCGAUGAAGCGAAAAGGCUAUCAGAUCGUCUCCGUCUCUCAAUUCUUAUCUUUGACGAAAGAUGGAUGA